CUCCAGCCCAAGAAAAGAGGAUACGAUUCCCGUGCGCGCGCUGUAGGUGGCAUCGAUCAGGCAUCUGCAGCCAUGGGGAGGUCGCCGUGCUGCGAGAAGGCGCACACCAACAAGGGCGCCUGGACCAAGGAGGAGGACCAGCGCCUCAUCGGCUACAUCAAGGCGCACGGCGAGGGGUGCUGGCGCUCGCUGCCCAAGGCGGCGGGCCUCCUGCGCUGCGGCAAGAGCUGCCGCCUCCGCUGGAUGAACUACCUCCGCCCCGACCUCAAGCGCGGCAACUUCACCGACGACGACGACGAGCUCAUCAUCAAGCUCCACGCCCUCCUCGGCAACAAGUGGUCGUUGAUAGCGGGCCAGCUGCCGGGCCGGACGGACAACGAGAUCAAGAACUACUGGAACACGCACAUCAAGCGCAAGCUCCUCAACCGCGGCAUGGACCCGCACACGCACCGCCCCAUCAGCGCCGCCGCCGCCGCCAGCGGGCUCACCACGGCCAGCAACGCCGCCUCCAGCUUCCCCUCCUCUCCGUCGGCUCCCGCGUCCAGGCUCGCCAACGCGCUCUACACCGCCCCGACCACCACCGUCAGCUUCGCGAGGCCGUCGCCGUCGGACGACGGGCACAGCAGCAGCGGCGGGAGCAGCGACGGGCCGCGCUGCCCCGACCUCAACCUCGACCUCGACCUCGACCUGUCCAUGAGCCUGCCCUGCUCGCCGCCGCCCAAGACAACAACACCUGCCCCGGCGUCCCCGCUCCACACGCCGCAGCACCACCACCAGCAGAAGCAGAGCAUCUGCCUGUGCUACCACCUCGGCGUCCGCAACGGGGCGGCCUGCACCUGCAAGGCGGCGUCGCCGGCGGGCCACCGCGUCUUCCGGUUUCUCAGGCCCAUGGAGGAGGGCCAGUACAUAUAGCGCACUAGGCACCAAAAAACAAAAAAAGAAACUCUGUAAAAAGCUAAAGAUGGGAGAGAUUCUAGUUGGGAUAGCUGAUGUGGAUUAUUUCCCCAUGUUUCGCUUUAUCCAAAUAUCAUUCAUUU